CAACAAUGGUUGUGCUAGCAUAUGAGAUCACAACAUUUGUAGUUGUUGCAGUUGGGAUAUCUAUUGUUGCUAUGUUUGUAGUAUCUAUUGUUGCUGCGGCGGUGAUAUCUAUUGUUGCUAUGGUAGUAACAUCUAUUGUUGCU